UCUAAUAGACGCCACAAGAGAUUUGUGCGCACUGUUUUCAUCCCGUUCGUGUUUUACGUCUAGCGAUGCGAUGGUUCCAGAGACGUGCCUUUGUGCACGAGCAAGAUCACGCGCUUAGCUGGCGAGGCAGACGAAUGGUUGAUUUAAAGCAGUGAAGGGAGUUUAUAUCUUUGUUAUUUAGGGUAUAUAGGUCGGUUAAGUGUAACAAUGCGCGGACGUGUGACAGGCCAGGCCAUGGAGUUCCUGGGCAGCGGCGGAUCCAGGAUGAUAAUGACCAGGCUCUUUCUGUUCCCGUCAACCAAAGCAGUCGCUCCGCUGUCGUCUGGAGAAUACAACAUUAACAAAAGGCUUCGAUCGACAUCGUCUACGUCCGGUCACUCCGAACUGGCUCGGGAGAGGUCCAAAACCGUUACGUCAUUUUACAAUCAAUCUGCCAUCGAUGUAUCUGCCGAGAAGCCUUCCGUCAGACUGACGCCGGCCACUAUGUUGUACGUAGGGAAAUCUCCGGAUGGUCAUCAUGUUUUGAGCAGUGCAAAGUACCUACACAAAGAGCUGCCUGUCCGCAUCGCUCAUCGCAUCAAGGGUUUCCGGAGUCUGCCUUUCAUUAUCGGCUGCAACCCAACCGUCCUCCAAGUUCACGAGCUGUAUAUCAGAGCCUACCACAUCCUGAGUGACUUCCCAGCCAUAAAAGACCUGGAGACUGAAGCUCGUUAUUGUAAGCUUGUUAAACAGCUUCUUGACGACCACAAAGAUGUCGUAACCAUGUUAGCUGAGGGAUUCAGGGAAUGUCGUAAACACAUUGUGGAUGAGACACUGGUUCGUAAUUUCUUGGACACAACGCUGACGUCUCGUCUUGGCAUUCGCAUGCUGGCCACACACCACAUCGCCCUGCAUGAGGAUAAUCCUGACUUUGUUGGGAUCAUAUGCCGACGCCUUUCACCGAAAAAGAUCAUCGAGAAGUGGGUGGAUUUUGCUCAGCGGCUUUGUGAACAUCAGUAUGGGAACUCUCCACGUGUGCGAAUCAACGGUCAUGUCGCGGCCCGGUUUCCCUUCAUUCCUCUGCCUUUGGAUUACAUUCUGCCCGAGCUGCUUAAGAACUCAAUGAGGGCCACCAUGGAGAGUCACUUGGACACCCCUUACAAUCUGCCUGAUGUGGGGGUCACCAUCGCCAACAAUGACACAGACUUUGUCAUCAGGAUCUCAGACCGUGGUGGUGGCAUUCCUCACAGCAUUUUGGAAAAGGUGACGGAUUAUCAUUUCAGCACAGCCGAACAGAGUACACAGGAUCCCCGCAUGAACAAUCUUUUCAACAACAUAACCAACAGCGGUCCUCAGUCUGGACCCAUGCAUGGGUUUGGCUUUGGUCUUCCCACAUCUCGAGCAUAUGCAGAGUACUUGGGAGGUUCCUUGACCAUCCAGUCGAUGCAGGGCAUCGGCACGGACGUCUACCUGCGCCUUCGACACAUCGAUGGAAAAGGAGAGAGCUUCAGAGUGUGAUGUAACUGCCUGUUUUUUUAAGCUUGUGGCUGGUCGCAGAAGAAUCAAAACUGUUCCAAGCCAACCUUUCGCUUGCAUCACCUGCUGGUGUGUCCUUCCUUACAAGCUGCAAUUUGGAGCACGUUUUCUGGUCAUGGAUUUUUUUAAUCCGGCAUGACCUCGGGAAAUGCAUGAGUGAAGUUUCCUGCGAUUUAGUUAAAGAAAAAACUUCAAGCCUUAAGAACGUUUGGUCAUAUUGUGUUUGAAAAUCCAGAAUGUUAUUCAUUUGUAAACGGUGUACGCAGCAGGAGAUGACUUGAACUUUGUGUUCCCUCAGAAUUGUGUAAAGGUGUAACUGUGUAUGAACUCAUUACGGACUUGAUAUUUAGUUCAAGAGAUUUCAGAGUAAACACACAGGUUUUCAUUGAUCCGUUAACUCUGACUAAUCUACUGCCUUACAGAAACGGUCUGAUUCAAAGUAUGUCAUCUUUCUCGCAUCGUUGUCCGAUGUUCCACUACUAUUGUUUUGAAAUUUCACAUCAACCACAUGGGUUUGUUGCAUAUUUCAUGCUUCAGAUGGUAUGAUGGUAAGGGGUUAGCACAGCUAAAGUUUUUUGUAAUUUGUAUUCAUCAAAACACUGUUUAUAGUGAUGUUAAUAUUUGAAUAAUGUUUUUUUACUCCCUCAUCUGCUGUCAGUGUGGUAUCGCAUGGGUUCUUUUUGAUUCAUGUCUCAAAAGGUUGUCAGCAUGUUAAAGACCGAGAGAUUUGUUUACCAGAUAUAUUGCAACAAUCAUGCAAGGAUUAGAUAAGGUUUUGUCAGUUGUGCCUGUGGGUUUUCCCUGUUCACAUUUUUUAUAUAAAUCAGGCAGAAGACUUUUUUGUGAGCAAGGGAGUCGCAGAAAGUAAGUCACAUUAAUUGCUCAAGUGUGCCUCCUACUGGUACAAUCCAAGUAUUAUAAUUUUUUCUGAAGAAAGUUACACCACUGUGACAUGCAGAGUAAUAAAUCAGGAUAAUGAUUAAUGUUUAUUAGAAGAUAAAACAGACUUAUGUUCACUAGAUUAACACAUUUUCCUUUGAUAUUUGAAAUGUCAAAUAAUGGCCUAUUGCAUCCAAAGUGAAGAUGGGUUAAUUUUCCUACAUUUCUUGACUGGUGAGUUUGUACUUCAUAGAUGCCAAAUAUGUGUAGUUUUUGGGCAUUAUAAAUCCUGGAAAAAAACAUUUUGUUUGUUUUUUCGUUGUCAUUCUCCAUUCAUUCGUUGUUAUACAUUUAGAUGUCUUAACUAACAUCCUUACAGUAAAUAAAUGACAGAUUUUUGUGUGUGAGUAAAUGA